GAAUAAGUCCUAUUUUGACAAAUGGUCUCGACCUAAUACUACUAGUAUUAUUUCUGCUCCCCCCAGUUUCCGUAACAUGACCCCCGUGGAGCCCACAGCGCGGUGCCCUUUAAACACCGCGUCACGCCGCCGCUCCUGAUUACCCCCGCGGCGCGGGCUUCUCGUGAGAAGUGGUGCUAAGAAUAACGCUCUAUAAACAUGGUAAUAAGGGUGGGAGGUCACAAUGGCGGACGAGGCAUGAGUCGAGUCCAGUCGUUUCAAACCAGAAUUUCACAGGAAAAUAGUCGUUAUCCGGUGACAAAAAGACUCAGGUACUCCAUGUGAAGAUGGAGUGGAAUGCAAGACUAGAGGAAAGUGGCAAUCAUCAUUGAAACUAGCCUAGCAGGAUCUCAUAACCACCCACUGGUGAACAAAUAUCUCAGGCACCAGUUACAUGUCAAUGUUCCAGAGAUGAACUUCCCUCGAUUGUGUUGUUGUCGCUCUACUAUCAUUAAAAAACAGAUAUGUGAUGUCAUCAUCCUUUACAUACUUGUGUUUGGCCUGAUACUCCCACCCAUCUGCUACCGACUUCCGUUCUCCCUGUACUACAGUCAAAAACUCUACCUGUGGGACCUAAGCCCCAGCGUUUAUGCCAGGCAAGUAAACAAUGAACGCAUCGCAAAGGCCGAACAAUUCUUCGCAUCUGAGUCAGUCUUGGCGCAUCUUCAAGAAAAUGUACUCCACAGCGGCAACUUAAGCAACUACAACACCACCUCCAAUGUCAGGACAACAGUUGCCUUCCUGACCACCCGCAGGACACGUUCAGUCCACCCCACUGAGGAGUAUUCUCCUCGCUAUCUUUUACAGACAGUCGCUGCAGUCGUCCAGGAAAAUCAACCCAACACACAAAUAAUUAUCUGUAACAUGGACCCUGAACCCUCUGCACACACUGAUGCAGUCUACCUGUCAACUUUCUUCUCUAUGGUGUCAAGAUAUGGGAAUGGUGUCAACGUGCCAAAUAGCAAACUAGAGAAGGAAAAACAGGAUUAUGUUUACUGUCUGAGGAAGAGUUUGGAGACGGAUCCUCAAUACGUGCUCCUUCUGCAAGAUGAUGCUUUAGUUGUACCAGGCUCUCUCCAUGUCUUGGAUUAUAUCAUAAGAACUAAAGUCGAAAGGACUCGUCACGGUUGGGAUUUUACCACAAACAAUGACGCAAAGAACUUCUUAAAACUUUACAUGCCCGAGUACAUCCAAAGAGAUUUUCACACUGUGAAGCCAAAACGUAUUGCUGCCAACUUGGCUGAGUUAGUCGGCUAUGGGUUGCUGGGUGGGACUCUUUUAAGACUUUUACAUAUCGUACUUGUUGAAAAGGGGCAAAGCUGGACACUACUAAGUGGAUUCUUUUUCUCAAGUGUGGUCUGUUGUAUAAUAGCAGCCCUUGUAGUUUCCAGACCGCAUUUGUUGGAACUCAGGAGGAUAUCAAAAUACUUGUAUGUCAUGCUUGAUGCCAAUGAUUGUUGCCUGCCGGCGACCUUAUUCCCGAGAGCUGCAGCGCAAGACUUGGUAACGUUUUUGGAGGGAGUGACGUGUGGUCGUGGGUACCCGGUAGACACUGCAGUGGACGGAUUUGUCAAGAGUAAGGGAUACCGGCAAUUUGCUGUAGAACCUAACCUGUUCCGCCAUAUCGGGAUGUAUUCAACACUGCAUGGAGGUGAAAACACAUAUCUCAAACAUUUUGUAAAAUGAUUGGUCAUGAAUGCA